AGUUGCGAUUUAAAACGCUAGAAAUGCGGACAGAGAGUGAACAAAAUAUAGACAAUAUGAUCGGUAUAUAUCUAUUGAUCGGUGCGGUAACACUGCUUUAUGUGUACCUCAAGUGGACAUUCAGCUACUGGGAUCGAAAGGGCUUCCCCAGCACUGGGGUGAGCGUUCCCUUCGGUGCUUUGGAGUCAGUUGCGAAGGGAAAACGAUCUUUCGGAAUGGCCAUCUACGACAUGUACCUAUCGACGAAGGAGCCAGUGGUUGGAUUGUAUUUUACUGUGAGACCGGGACUUCUGAUUAGAGACGCGCAAAUAGCCCACGACAUAGUGACCAAAGACUUUGCCAGUUUCCACGAUCGCGGAGUUUAUGUGGAUGAGGAAAACGAUCCCAUGUCAGCGGGCUUGUUCCAAAUGGAGGGAGCCAGCUGGAAAGCUUUACGUUCCAAACUGUCGCCAUCUUUUACGUCCGGCAAACUUAAGGUCAUGUUUGAGACCUCCGAUGCCAUUGGAGAUAAGUUAGUGGACAAUAUUAAGUCUCAACUGCCCCAGGGAGGCAACAUAGAAGUGGACAUAAAGAAGCUAAUGGCAACCUAUGCCAUCGAUAUUAUUGGCUCCACUAUUUUUGGACUAAAUGUCGAUAGCUUCGCUGAUCCUAACAACGAAUUUGUGGCUAUUAGCAAGAAGAUCAACCGUAAAACUUUUACGGAUAUUCUUCGUAUAUCCGCCCUUUUUCUUUACCCUGGGCUGGAGAAGUUCUUUGUGAGAAUUGGCUGGAAGCAGGAGUCAUUGGAGCUGAUGCGCGAUCUAGCUCAUCGAACUGUCGAUCUGAGGGAGAAGAACAAUAUAGUGCGUAAGGACUUGCUGCAACUGCUCCUGCAACUUCGCAACCAGGGAAGGAUCAACACUGAUGACACUAAUUGGUCGGCGGAGAGUACCAAAAAUGGAGUGAAGUCGAUCACAAAGGAUGUGAUUGCCGGCCAGCUGUUUCUAUUUUAUGCAGCCGGGUUUGAGACGACAGCGUCUACAGCGGCCUUCACCUUGUACGAGCUCUCCCAAAAUGCAGAGGUGAUGGAGAAGGCAAAGGAGGAUGUGCGCCGGGCUAUUGAAAAUCAAGGCGGAAAGCUGACCUACGAUGCCAUAUCGGAGAUGAAGUAUCUGGAGGCCUGUAUCUUAGAGACCACUCGCAAAUACCCCGCACUCCCAUUCCUAAACAGAGUUUGCACUCAGGAUUAUCCCGUGCCCGAUAGCAAACUAGUAAUCAAGAAGGGCACUCCUGUUAUAAUCUCCCUCCUAGGAAUGCACCUCGACCCCGAAAACUUCCCCGAUCCGUUUAGCUAUAAACCAGAACGCUAUCUGGAUGAGAACAAAGACUUUAACCAAGCGGCCUACAUGCCUUUCGGGGAGGGUCCCAGAAUGUGCAUCGGCGCCCGCAUGGGAAAGGUGAAUGUGAAGAUAGCGAUUGCCAAGAUUUUGUCUAACUUCGAUGUGGAGAUCCGGAAGGAGAAGGCUGAGCUUGAGUUCGAUAUAAACGGAGCAUCGCUGAUGCCCAAGUAUGGAGUUCCCAUACGACUCACCCUGAGGAAGUAGAACCGUUCUUAUAUAAGAACGCAAAAAAAAAAGAAAUCAAAAAAAAUUAAUUAAAAAAUAAAAUUGGUAACGACAUUUCAAUUUUAAAACAUUUA